GGAUUCUAAACAGCUGUGUUAUGCUGGAAUACUGGUGGUGGAGUCUAACCAGAAGGACACCUGUUAGGAUACAAAGUGAGGAGAAGGACUAUUAAUGAUUGACUAUUGAUUAUUACUCUAUUGAUUAGGUACACACGGGGACCUGAUCAGACAAUACAGUACCGCUAACAAUAGUGAUUGAUUGCGUUAUGUUUAUGUUUAAUUAUAAAUAUUUAUCUAACCAUACCAUUUCUAUCUGGCAUUGCUUUGCUAUAUAAAGCUAUUGGUAGUAAUGUUAUUGAAUUACUUAACUGUAUAAAUGCUUUAUUUUAAAACAAUUUUCUUAAAAAUAUAUUUUUGUUUAAGUGUUCAAUUUGCUUUAGAUUGUAAAUAGACACAUGAGGUGUGUUAGUCAUUGAGAACUUGAUAAUAUAGUUGUUAUGAUAUCUGACAUGUAUGAAUAGAUGUUCUGUACAUUGAGGGCUGACUGAUACUAUAAAUAUAGACUUGAAAGAAGAUACAAAUGUGAUUAAAAAGUGAUACAUUGUCACAUUAUAAUCACCAAUGUUACUACAUUGAUCAAUUGCUAUUCAAAUCUUUUACAUAUUUUUUUUAACGACUUUUUUUACAUUCAUGCUACAUUCUGAUAAUACAAAUAAAUACAUGUAAAUGCAGUAGGAUUCUGGUAACAUCUAUGAAUUGAUACGUUAAAGAAAAUCACAUCACAUAACUGAAAUUCCACACCCGCCCAUCAACUAAAGCAUAGGCGUUUGAUUAAUGUCGCCUGUUAUCUGAUCGUCCUCCUAGCUCCACCCUCCAUUAUUCGGACUGAUUAUGUGUGGUUGUUGCGCGGAGAAGGGAGUCUGCGAGGAGAGAGAGAGAGACACAGUAACUAGGCUACACAUCUAACGGGGUAAACCUGGACGAAAGAACAGGAUUUUAUUGCACGUUUUAACGGUAACAAAAUCAAAUUGGAUUGUAAUACGUAAGUCGCUUGAAGAAGGGACAUUUCGGUGGGAGUUUUCCCCAAAGCAGUGUGCCUUCUCAACCUUCAUACACAGACUUCUAGUAGUUUGGAUAGGCUUGUCCGCCGGGGGAGAGUUUGUUUUGUAGCUCUAGCUGGUUAUUUUGUUGCGCGUUAGGCGCUCCAGUUGUUGUGGAACUAUGGCGCUCAAGGCGAGGGCUUUAUACGACUUCAAUUCCGAAAACCCCGGGGAGAUAUCAGUGAAAGAAAAUGAAAUAGUGACUCUGUACAGCGAACAGGAUAUUGAAGGCUGGCUAGAAGGAUCCAACAGCAAAGGCGAGAGAGGUCUCUUCCCCGCGUCCUACGUUGAGAUCCUGAAGAACGACACCGCGUCCACGUUUAACAACAACAGCACAUCUGGAUCCCGAUACGCCAAUAUUCCAACCGGAGGAUUCGGGGAUGCCUCCUCUUAUAACAUCCAGAAUCAUACUGACAACUUGUCCAAAACAUCAGUAACAUCGCCCGGGCUUACAGCGUUGUCACCGCCUGCCCCAGCACAGCAGCAACCCAUUUAUCAAGCCAGCCAGGGCAGCGACGAAGACUGGGAUGAUGACUGGGAUGACAGCUCGACAGUGGCGGACGAACCCGGGGUUGUUGGGGUUAAUUACCAAAGGGACUUUGAUGGCAACGGACCGUCUACAUACAGAAUGUCAACAUCAAUGUCUAAAGGUAGCAACGUUCAACAAGUCAAGAGCUCUGCUACGGUCAGUAGAAACCUCAAUAGGUUUUCAACAUUUGUGAAAUCAGGAGGGGAAGCGUUCGUGUUAGGUGAGGCAGCUGGGUUUGUGAAAGAUGGGGAUAAGAUCUGUGUUGUACCGGGACAAUAUGGUCCAGAAUGGCAGGAAAACCCAUACCCAUUCGCCUGUACCAUAGACGACCCCACCAAGCAGACCAAGUUCAAAGGGAUGAAGAGUUACAUUGCCUACAAGCUGACGCCCACCCACACACAGACCCAGGUAAACAGAAGGUAUAAACACUUUGACUGGCUCUACGCCAGGCUGGUGGAGAAGUUUCCUGUCAUCUCGGUGCCCCACAUCCCAGAGAAACAGGCCGCGGGGCGGUUUGAGGAGGACUUCAUCUCUAAAAGGAGGAAAGGGUUGAUAUGGUGGAUGAGUCACAUGACCAGCCACCCGGUCCUGUCCAAGUGUGAUGUCUUUCAGCACUUCCUCACCUGCAACAGCACAGACGAGAAGUCAUGGAAGCAGGGGAAGAGGAAGGCGGAGAAGGACGAGAUGGUGGGGGCUAACUUCUUCCUCACUAUCUCCACGCCCUCCGGACCCCCCCUGGACCUGGUCGAGGUCGAGUCCAAGAUCGACGGCUUCAAAGCUUUCACCAAGAAAAUGGACGACAGCGUGGUCCAAGUCAACGCCACCACUAACGAGUUCGCCCGGAAACAGAUCACGGGGUUUAAGAAGGAGUACCAGAAAGUGGGCCAGGCGUUUAAAGUCCUGGGGCAGGCGUUUGAGCUGGACCAGCAGGCGUAUUCAGUAGGGUUGAACCAGGCCAUAGCGUAUACAGGAGAAGCAUACGAUGCUAUCGGAGACUACUUUGCAGAGCAGCCGAGACAAGAUGUGGAUCCGUUAAUGGAUUUGUUACAGCUGUACCAGGGACAUCUGGCCAACUACCCUGACAUCAUCCACGUACAGAAAGGAGCACUUACCAAGGUGAAGGAGUCCCAGAAGCACGUUGAGGAAGGCAAGAUGGACGCUCCCCAGGCGGACGGCGUCAACGAGCGCUGUAACAUCAUCUCCUUCGCCACGCUGGCAGAGAUCCAGCACUUCCACCAGGUCCGGGUGAGGGACUUCAAGGCCCAGAUGCAGCAGUAUCUAACCGAGCAGAUUGGCUUCUUCCAGAAGAUCACCGGAAAGCUGGAGGAGGCCCUACAGAAGUAUGACAACGCUUAGAGUAGAGGGGGGAGACUAAGGGACACCCCUGAUUGGUCUAAAUCCGAUUGACCACGUUCUGAUUGGUCGAGAUCUCAUAUCCGACCCCCCCCCCUUCCCCGAUUGGUCCAGAAAUGACCCUUGACCUCCCUCAGUCGACCAAUCAUUGAAGCCCCAGGUGGACAUUACCUUCAACUGCCAAACAGCAAUACAAUCCACUGUGAGAAGACGCAGACAACACUGACCGACCUGGAUAGUCCCCUGAAGGCUGGAUGUUGAUUCCAUGUAUGGUGGCUACUGUUUUGAAGGGGCUUGAGUUGACGUCUGGCUUUGUUUAAAUGGGUUUUAAUGCAGUGUUGUUUUUCCUGGAUCAAAAUGGGGCUUGGGUGGUGGGUGUGGCAGGGGCGUGGCCAUGAGCGUGACAAAAUGUAUCUGUUUUAAAGCUAAUCUCCUGCAAUUCUACACAUUUUGCCAUGUGGCUGAGAGAACAUUUGCAGUUUUUUAAAGCUUAUAUCCUGUAAUUCUACACAUUUUGCCAUGUGGUUUAUGCUGUCUGAGUGACUAAUGGGGGCCCCAUGCCAUGACAAAUAUUUCUGAAUCAUUUUUUAAUUUUAGAUUCUCCCUGACAGUCUGGCUUUUGUUAUGGUGAUUAUUACUUUUUAAAGAGGCUGUUAUUUAAGAAAUAUAUAUAUAUAUCUAUUAGUUUUUCUACAUACUUUAUAUCUUGUUUUAGUCGUUUUAAGUUUACACUGAAAAAUGUUUUUCCAUAUUUAGUUUUUUUCUUUUACUGUUUGGACAUAGACGGUCCGAAAACAACACUGAGGCAGCAGACAGCCCAAUGCUUUUCUAUGUAGAGAAAACACUGAGGCAGCAGACAGCCCAAUGCUUUUCUAUGUAGAGAAAACACUGAGGCAGCAGACAGCCCAAUGCUUUUCUAUGUAGAGAAAACACUGAGGCAGCAGACAGCCCAAUGCUUUUCUAUGUAGAGAAAACACUGAGGCAGCAGACAGCCCAAUGCUUUUCUAUGUAGAGAAAACACUGAGGCAGCAGACGGCCCAAUGCUUUUCUAUGGAGAGAAAACACUGAGGCAGCAGACAGCCCAAUGCUUUUCUAUGGAGAGAAAACACUGAGGCGGUUUAGGAGGUGAGCCACUCAGACGUGAGACUACAGAAGCAGAAGGUCGUUAAAGCUUCUGUUUUUGUUUUUGAUCGACGAUGAGGCAAACCUCGGGUUGGUUGUAAGUGUUGAUUUUAACGAGGGCUAUCCUCGCCGCGAUUUGGUUUGGUAGGUGUCCGUAGUCCAGCGAGUGGGUGGCUUAUUAUCUUAAUCGUGACUUAAGACAGAGCGGGACGAUCAAAAUACCCUCUCCUGUAAACUUGUUAUUCCCUACUGCUGCUUGUAGCUACACGGGGAGGUAUCUUAACCUUGUAGAUCACAUGUCCACAUCACACUAUGUCCACUAAACCUGUUUUAAACAACGUGACUGGUUAUUAAGAUGGAGUCCCAUAAAGGGACAGUGAUUUGUUCAGAGGGGGGAGUCUCUACCGUUAAAGCAAUGCUGUUUAGUGGCUUUAAACCGUUACAAUGCUGCCUUCUGCUAUAACACUUGAGCUUCUCAUAGUGUGUGUGUCCCAAAUGUCUUCAUCCUUCCUAGUAUAUAGUGCACUACUUUUGACCAGAGCCCCUAUGCGUAGUGCGCUAUAUAGGGGAAUAGUGUUCCAUUUGGGAAGUCCCAUCUCUAGCAGGAACAUGUUUACACACACAGACUCCUAGCAGACCAGACAACCGGACUUGUGCCUUCUUUUUUCUUUUUUUUGAUUGUUUCUCUCUGAUGAUACAUUAUUUUUAUUUUUUUUAUUAAAUAACUUCUAUAAAGGUUUAUGUAAUGUAAAUAUAUUCUCAUAUUUAGUUUUUAAGAUGCUUGUUUGUUGCAAAUAUUAUAGAAAGAUUAUCAAGGACCACGCGAUGCUUUUGGACUUGUGUUUUGUUGGAGUUGAGAGAAGUGCCCAGCCGAUGGGGAGCAGAGUCCGUCUGGACUGCUUGGAGUGCUGACCUCGAUGAUUCUCCCUUCAGAGACUGAAGUCUGAUUCAGGGGCGUCAAUGUAGAGCACGUGAAGGGAUCAUUCUGACUGGGACAAGGCUGAUUUACACAGAGAGGAAGAAAGCGACACUGCGUUCGGUGGGAUAACCUGUUCUGUUCUUACUGCAGGCUUGGAUUCCAUUCAGUGGAUAUCAUGGGACCAUGAACUCUGCCUGCUUAAAGGCUCAGAGCCUUGGAACGCAAAGGAACAUGUCUCAGACUGAAAUGGACUGGACAGUCGGCUCAGACUGUAAUGGACUGGACAGUCGGCUCAGACUGUAAUGGACUGGACAGUCGGCUCAGACUGUAAUGGACUGGACAGUCGGCUCAGACUGUAAUGGACUGGACAGUCGGCUCAGACUGUAAUGGACUGGACAGUCGGCUCAGACUGAAAUGGACUGGACUGUCGGCUCAGACUGAAAUGGACUGGACAGUCGGCUCAGACUGAAAUGGACUGGACAGUCGGCUCAGACUGUAAUGGACUGGACAGUCGGCUCAGACUGAAAUGGAUUAACACAGACUGAAAUGGACUGGACUGUCUGCUCAGACUGAAAUGGACUGGACAGUCGGCUCAGACUGAAAUGGACUGGACAG